CAAUGGUCGAUGCAGAGUACUCGUGACCGGCCAUUUACAUGUGACGAUCAGAUCAGCCCCUCACCUCCCUCCCUCUUCCUGGCCCUCUCCCUGUCUCCGCCCUGUCCUUCGUCGCCAUCACGUCUCUUUCGGGAAUAGCAAGCUCGGAUCCCUGUGCAGUCCAUGUGGUAGUCAUGUGGUAGUCCGGCAGGUACGGUGCAGGGCCGGGCUCUCAGCGUUGAUUUCUCCGAGGCUGGUGUGGCAGACCAUAUGCGCUAGAGCGUAUUCGGCCUAGUUUAUCCAGCUCGCAUGGAUCUUUUCCCCAAACUUCAUCUCUACCUUCUUUUAAUCCUCAUCUUCAUCGCUGAUAGCAUCAUCACGCUUAGACGGCGAUCUUCAAUUAGCGUCACAACCCUUCUUAAAGCUUGCGCUAUAAUCCACUUGCUCACUGCUGUGUGUCGUAUAUCCAUAGAGAAACCAAUUCAAGCCAUUGCCUACCGUCGAAACAGUCUAGAACAGUCUAGUUGUACAAGAGCGCUGUCGUUGCGCCACGUCCGGCAAUUCAUAGCUCGAUCCUCGCAGUAACCUGAUUCCAUCACACCAUGUCCUCACUUGGACUGAGCCAGGAGGAAUUGAAGGCGGUCGAACAGACGCGCCAGCGUCUCUCACAGCUCUCUAGCAGUCUCAACUCCCUCAAGAAUGAUGUAUUCAUCAGUAAUCCACUGCCCAACUUAGACUCCCUCCAGGCCUCCGCAGACAUCCUGAAUCACAAUGUGCACGCGAUACUCGAGAUCCUAGCCCAGAACAAUGCCCUCUUCAGCCGUGUCGCCAUUCAUCCGUCUACAAACUUUCCAGGCCGAACGCAAGAGAACAUUCUCCUACAGCUGCUUCGUAAGAAGCCAGAGCCUGACGUCGAAGCCACUAUUGAUAAAGGAAGGCAGACUCUCGUCAACAUGCCUUUGCCUGGGAACGCGGGGUUGGGUGGUGCGGUCAAUUCAAACAAAGAGAAAGAAACUGCACUCAGCGAGAUUUGGGGUACCACACGCAAUUCAUGCCAAGAGCGCAUCGCCGAAUACGUUGUGAACGAGGAAGGCGACUAUUUCACUGCCGAGGAACAUGAGAUUGGCAUCGAGAACGUUCGAACGGGCCUCCAGCGCAGCUUCGAGGACGAGUACGAGGAUGAGGACGAGGAAAUGGAAGAUGACGAAACGAACGCCGCUCCGAAGGGAGGCAGUGCUGAGCCUGACCUUAUGAUCAUCGAUCGCCCACCUCCACCGCCGGCUCCUGCUGUUACCACGCAAGAAGUCGAAGGGGCGACGCUCGAGACCGUUUUGCGGCUUGCUACUCGUGGUCGGUUCGCCGGUUAGAAGCGUUCCUUUCCCGUUUACAUAGUGCUUAGGUGUCCUAGAGCGUACAAGUCUCAUCCUAUCUUUGAUCAAAAUGGGAUGGAAAACAAGAUUUUUAUAAUAAUACCUUUUGAUGCAACGGGGAUAGCUUCGGCCAGUCAAUUCAUAUUGGCUAACCGAUAUGUUGUGCAACUAAAUUAAAGUUGCACAAUCUCUCAAAUUGAUGGGUCGAGUGUACAAUUGCAAAUAGUGAAAUUAUGCAGAUCUAGUUCGGUAAUGAAGUCACUUUGAUGAUGAAUAUAGUGCCGCGACGCGUUGCGUUGUUUAGUCACGAAGUACCUAUGUCUGUUUAGUUGUUGGAAGGUCUGGCGCGCCCUUGUACUUAUCUUUCCGUAACCAUCGAUCCCAUAGGGUUAUAGCGCUAUUCACUGUCUCCAGGAUAUUCAUCAGGUUCAUCACGGUCUUUACUACGAAGUAGCGCCCAUUUUCGCGACUGUCUUACUCUCGAUUCCUAACUGCAUUGAUCUAUGGCGUUUUCGGCGUCUCCCCGGGCCGUACUCUACAUUUAACUUUAGCUCUGUAGUAGUGCAUCUAAAGGAAAUGGCGAAAGCACGUGCCUUUGUUUAAUGGGCU